CAGCUGUGAGAGAGUAAGGUAGGUUGCGUAACGUGAAGAUAGGUGACAUUCUCUCUCUCUCUCUCCAGACUCCAGCCAGUCAUAGCAGCCCAGACCUGAUUUGCGCUUGACCGCUGCUGAAACGGAGUUGUUGACCAAAAUGUGGAAGUCGGCCCACGUACUGGGUGUUCUUGCGGCAUUCGUUCCCGCACUUGGACACAUUUCUGCGAUUCCCUCCCAGAUUGCCCGUCGAAUUCGAGCGUGCACUAACAGCACAUACCGCUACCCUGGUCGACAUUCCCAUAGUGGGAUAGGUACCCGAUGGUCUUGUCUCUCUAUCCCAUCUUUCUUCCGUCUCAAGUCCUAGCAUCCGUCGGACCCGACCUUGAGGUACCUUGGUAUGCUGUGGUCUCGGCGAGCGUACUUCAGGUGUCCAACACUGUCCGUCUGUGUUCACCCAGACACAGUUUGGCUUUGUGUAUUGUUAUCGAGGAAGAACACAAUACCUUAGAACAAGAGAUGAAAGUCCAUGGCGGCCCAGACCGCGGGCCAAAUUAAGCGAGAAAGCACCAACGCCAAGUUCGGCCGGGUCUGGCCUCCACUCCUCCGCAGCAUACCUUCCAAAACACAGUGCUCCGGUUCGGCCCAAUCAAGUCAGCGGCAGACCACUCACCUUCAAUCGCCUCGCAUCGCCUUGUCCUGGGCGCCACUGGAGCACGCCCUGCAUCGUGGGGAAUCUCGAUCGAGAUCUCACAGAAUUUCCAUAUCUUCCGCCCAAAGCCCCAUUCGGCCUUCCCGGGCAGUUUCGACCGCCGAUCUUCCUCCAAGACGACGCAGGAGGCACAACUGAAUGACUUGGCUUUCGCCAGCAUCGCGAACACCACUCGCCAGCACUGCGUGCGCGCUUGCGUUGCCAUCCAGGUUGUGUGGGCAGCCUCGGCCUCAAGCUCAUCCUUGCUGACUGACAUUGUCAGUGACGCCAGCUCCGUUUUCGAACAAUCUACCUUGUUUCUGCAUCUCAGCUUGGAUUGUUGCUGCCGCUCCUGCUGCUCUUGACGCUUGUUAGAGCGUAAGAAGAAACGCUUGGUAGCCUUUCAGACGCCACUUCACGAGCCGUGGGACCUACUAUUUGGUUACCAUCGUCAGCGGUUGCUGCUACCUACCGUCUGAAUCCGCCGCAACGACGUUGCACCCGUUUAUUUUGGAGUUCAUGGGUCUGGACAUCACGGCAUUCCGUCCCCGCUCUCAGUGAACCGCCGUUGGCAGGACCGCGCCCUCACAAGCAUUCAAAAAAAAGCCAUGGCAUUGUCACCGGGUGGCAUCGUUCCGGCUCAGCUGGGCUUCCUUGCCAUCUUCAACCCGUCGUUGGGUCAUUCUGAUGAGACUCUUGACGAUCAAAUUGUUUACUACUCUUCAGUCAGCACCCAACGACAUAAACGGCGUCACCGCUCACGUGCAAAGCCAACUGAGAAUCUGUCUCAAGAGGAGCGCAAUGAGCGUCUUCGUCAGAUUGGUCUUGCCCAGGGCAUGGUUGAGUUCAGCAAGAGCUUCUCUGGCGGCCAGCCUGUCGACUCCAUCGACACGGACAAGACACGUGUGGUCCUCCAUGAGCUGGAGCAAGACUGGUGGAUUCUUGCGUCCAUUGAUCUUACUCGUAUUCCUUUGCCGCCCAAGCUCCAGACAGGGAAAGCACAAGAAACCCCAGAAGAGGUUGUCGAGUAUUCAUCUAAGGAGAUUAAGCCGUCAUCUCUUCUGUUGCAGGAUCUGCUCCGUGCUCAUACCAUCUUUCUGCUUCAUCAUGGCACCUCACUCAGUGCCUUGUUUGUUCGCUCCCGAAGAAUGAAGUUCGUCAGCCUGCUUGGUCGGUAUUGGGACCUGUUUUUGUCAACUUGGAACGUAAUGCUGCAAGGAAACCCAAUUCGCACAAUAUUUGGAGGCAUCAACAUCGCUGCCUCUGGCGAACUGGGCAUUGGCGUCGGCGAAGAGGAGCGGGGCAGUGGAGAACGAGAGGUGUUGGAAGGGCUCGUCACUAGAGUUGAGGGUCUUAAAGACCUGGUGGUCUCAAAAUUUGGAUCAUUGGAUGCCGAUGGGGAGUCGAAAAACGGCAAGGAGCCGAAGAGGUCUUGGCUGGGUACCGGACAAGACCCAGGCCCUGAAGACGGUGCCAUUUUUCUGGGAACAGGAGCGUUAUCUCGCAAGUCCGUGAGAGAUAUCACCCUAUGGAUGGAAGACUUGUAUACUUGGGGAGAAAAUGCCUACGGCGUCAUCGAUAGUCCGACAUCUCUUCGCGCUGGCCGACGGGUGAAGAGAUCUGAGCCGGCCCCGGAAGCCAAACCAGCACCAGCCCUGGCGCCUGCGACGAAGCCAGCAGUGCGGCCGCCGGUUCGCCCCAACAACCAUCGAUCAAAUUCCGGCUCUGCUUCUGGGAGCUCGACCUCGACGAGAACACUGGCCGAGCGGCGUGGACUUGAUAUUGGUACGGUGAAAGAAGCCAAAAGGCCAAGCGACACCAAGGACAAUUCGGCCCCGGUUCCCAAGGGCGACGACACCGAAGCCGACACUGAAGCCGCUACCGCCUCUACCGCUACGCCAAGUCAAGGAGAGAGCGAUGGCCACAUGGACAAACUUAUGACGGUUAUGAAGUUGGGGUACGGCACGUAUUGGUCAAUCGGCAAAUCGGAUACUUCUUCGUCUGCGGUUAAGAGCCAACUAUCUGCCGUUGCUGCGUUUCAAACUGGGGAGUCCUCUAAGGCUGCGGCGAACCCGCAUUUGAAACCUAAGCAGAUGGAAGAUGACGAGGGACACUACCUCAUUGGCCUGAUGGGUGAUGUCGAGGAGGGUAGUGGCGAUGAGGAAAACGGAGCCUCAGAUGAGGCAGCUGAGCCCGAAUCGAACUCUCGUACCAUGCUACGCACCGUCCACGUUGAGCUUGACAAAGUUGGUACGGAUCGCCUAGAGUCAGAUGUCGUGAGGAACCUCGGCAACCUCACUAACGACGUGACGCCUCUCGGAGCCAACGCCGUGAGCUCGAACCCAACAUUUGGAAACCAGGACUCAAACAAGGCAAGCAAGAUGCGCGUCGUCGUUUACGUAAACAAACCCUUCAUAUUUACUUUCCUCUUUGAGUUGAGGACCGAUUCCCUAGCUUGGAACUCGUUCUACAAGUCUCUUCAUUUCCAGUUGGCGCCUUUACGAAAGCCACUUUUAUCUUCGAUCCAAUAUCGGCCAGAGAGGCCGGAGUCCAGUUCCUCAUCGUCCAAUAUCUACGAUCUCGUAUGGGACGCUGAGGCUAUGACGGUACACUCGACCAUACCCAAUAUUCCGGACCACACACAAGCAUUCCUACCAAACGCAGCAUUACCCUGGUCAAGGGUGGAAGCGAUGAACACACAUAUGCAACUACUCAAUAUUUUCAACCUUACCAGGCCGGAAAUGAAUCAGCUCGAGAGAACUUGCAAGACCAACCGUGGCUGGUGGGUCGUCUGGCAGCGCAUCCUGAAUCGACACGCCCCGAGCGGCGAUGCAUAUCAGCCAGCGCAGAAUUACGAGGACGACGCUCAGUCGACGUCGGAUAGGGACAUUUCCCCAGCGAGCGGCGAUGGAUCCAGCACAGCGCGACCGACAUCGCCUACGCCGCCGAGCCCAACGGUCAGCAAGGAGAUUAUCCUGAUCCGUAGGGCGAGCGAUCACGCCGGCUACCGCGGCGUCAGCUCGUCGUUCGCCGAGGGCGGCGUAGGACUGACGGGAUCUGGGUGGGGCGGUGACGGCGCGGGCCGUCUUGCGUCGGGGAUCGGCAUUGAUACACGGAAGUAUAUUGAGGGGCUUUUGAACUUUAGCCGGUAAAGAACAUGAUGUAGUUUUUCUAGAUUUCUCCAAGAUCUAGGGCGGCCGGGUGGGUGGUCAGUUUUCCUUCCCUUCUCCGACUUCUAGGUUGAGAGACACGCGGAGUACGCGGGGAGCGCAAAAACGGAUUAGCUAUGGCUAUGGCGGUUGGGUUCAUGUCAAUAACAGGGGAGACAUCAUGAUGAUACGCAUCAGCGGUGGAUUUUUUUUUUUCCUCGCCAAGAACAUGAUUAGAUGCGG